ACCUCUAAUACAUUAAACAAAUCAAAUAAAACGCGACUGUUUUGGCGUUGUCAAAUUGUCGAUUGUUUUGUUUUCUUGUGAAAUUAAUUAAAAAUGUAUUAAUAUUUACCAUAGAACUAAUAAAAUGCUGUUUUAAACUUAGUUUUUGUAUCAACCAGUGAUUUUGCUGUUCUUUAGUUGAUAAUAACUUUAGCAAACAUAACCUCAAAACAGUGGACGCGGCGUACUCGUAACUCGUAAAAAAUGUUCUCUAUUUGUCGACAAACGCAUCCAGCGACGGGUAUCGAACACGCCGUAAGCUGCUGCUUCUUCAACAAUGACGAAACGUGUCUGGUUACUGCUGGAGCCAAUAUUAUUAAAGUUUUCCGGCUGCUGCCAGAAGGCCCUACAAAGGAGGUCAAUGCAGCCGGCCAGCCAAUACCACCGAAAAUGAAACUUGAAUGCUUAGCAACAUACACUUUAUGGGGCAACGUAAUGUCUAUGGCUUCAGUGCGUUGCCCCAGUGCCGGAAGAGAUUUAUUACUGGUCUCCUUCAAAGAGGCAAAGCUGAGUGUAUUACAAUAUGAUCCACAAGUCAAUAACUUGAUUACGCUCAGUAUGCAUUAUUUUGAAGAGGAUGAUAUGAAGGGUGGCUGGACAACUCACCCUCACAUACCCUGGAUCCGCGUUGAUCCUGAAUGCCGGUGCGCUGUUAUGUUGCUAUAUGGCCGGAAACUGGCCGUGUUACCUUUCAGGAAAGACAUCACAUCUGAGGACGGAGAUCCUUUGGAGGCGAAGCCUUUAGCAGAUAGUAAAAAGAAUCAACCAGUUCAAAACGUGACACGAGCACCUACUUUAGCGUCAUACGUGAUAGUGUUAAAAGACUUAGACGAGAAGAUAGACAAUAUCCUUGACAUACAGUUCUUGCAUGGUUAUUAUGAACCUACGCUGUUGCUGUUGUACGAACCUAUUAGGACUUUUGCUGGUCGCACGGCAGUCCGUAAUGACACCUGCGCAAUGGCCGGUGUUAGUUUAAACAUGAGUGCGAGAGUGCAUCCGGUCAUCUGGGCUAUGGGCGGAUUGCCUUUUGAUUGUCUACAGGCUGUACCUGUUCAGAAGCCUUUGGGUGGAUGUCUAAUAAUGGCUGUGAACUCGUUAAUCUACUUAAAUCAAUCUGUGCCUCCCUAUGGCGUGUCUUUGAACAGUAUCGCUACACACACAACAAAUUUUCCUUUGCGUAUACAAGAAGGAGUUUGCAUAACCCUAGACGGGGCAUGUGUAGCUCCUAUUGCAGAAGGUAGACUGGCAUUAUCGUUGAAAGGAGGGCAAUUAUACGUCUUGACAUUACUAUCAGAUUCUGUAAGAAGCGUCAGGAGUUUUCAUUUGGAUCGCGCCGCAGCUUCUGUCUUGACUACUUGUAUGUGCGUAAUAGAAGAAGACUUCUUAUUCCUCGGGUCUCGUCUGGGUAACUCAUUGUUGCUGCGAGUGACGGAGCGAGAGAACCGAAUGCUGUUCUCAGUGGACAAGCCUCUAGAAGCCACUGUUGAUCUCACUGUGUCUGACACAGACAAACCCCCCGAACCACCAACAUUAAACAAAGAGCAACCAAAAGAGACCUCCGACUCUGCAGCGAAGAAACGCCGCCUAGACACAAUAAGCGAUUGCAUUGCGACCAAUGUCAUUGAAAUCAGUGAUAAAGACGAACUCGAGGUGUACGGUUCGGAUAUAAGGACUUCUACGCAGCUUACUAGCUAUGUUUUUGAGGUGUGCGACUCGCUGCUGAACGUGUGCCCCAUCGGCGACGUGUCCAUGGGCGAGCCGCAGCUGCUGAGCGAGGAGCGGCCGGCGGGCGAGGGCGGCGAGGGGGGCGAGGGCGGCGAGGGGGCCGAGCCGGCGCUGGAGCUGGUGGCCUGCAGCGGCCGCGGCAAGAACGGCGCGCUCACCGUGCUGCAGCGCGCCGUGCGCCCGCAGCUCGUCACCGCCUUCAACCUGCCAGGCUGCUUAGACAUGUGGACGGUCAUAGGCGAACCGACGGAAGUAACCCGCGACGCCCACAAGGACAUGGAGGGAUCUCAUGCAUAUCUGAUACUCACGCAGGAAGACUCUAGUAUGGUCUUACAAACUGGGCAGGAGAUUAACGAGGUGGACAACAGCGGGUUCAUGACGGGCGCACCCACGGUCUUCGCCGGCAACCUGGGUGCCAAUAAGUACAUGCUGCAGGUCACCACCACAGCCAUCCGGCUCAUCAAGAACGGCGUGCAGAUCCAGUCGAUCCAGCUGGAGUGGACGGCGUCGUUCGCGGCCACGGCCGACCCCUACGUGUGCGUGGUGUCCACGUGCGGCCGCGCGCUGGCUCUGGCGCUGCGGGAGUUCCGCGCCAAGGACGGCAUGACGGCCCGCCUCGCACCUACAAGACAACCAGUUCCGCAUCGCCCUGCUUUAAUAAAAGCUAUUCCGUACAGGGACCUCAGCGGAUUGUUCACAUCUGCAGACAUUGAGACUGUGCAGGUGAAAGGCGAGUUCACCGGCAAGAAAGGCAAGAACGUGAAGGCGGAAGGUUUUAAACCCGACACAAUCUACGAGUUGAAUGACGAAGAUGAGCUGCUGUAUGGAGGGGACCAGACUCCAGCUUCCAUGGCCAGCAUAAUGUUAGCAGAACAAUCGAAGAACCCCGGCGUGCCUCGGCGCAUAUCGCGCUGGUGGAAGAAGUACCUCGUCGAGGUGAAGCCCACUUAUUGGCUGUUCGUCGUGAGGAACAACGGCAACCUAGAGAUUUACUCUCUGCCUGAAAUGAGACUUAGCUUUCUCGUUCGAGACGUAUGUCAAGGGAAUAGGAUUUUAGCGGACAGUUUAGAAUCAGUACCAAUUCCCACGAAUCCAUUUGAAGACGAAGAUUUGUCGUCCAACACGCAAAACGCCGAUGUCGAGAAGUUGAAAGAGUUGCUGGUCGUGGGGCUAGGAAACAAGGGCUCCAGGGUGCUGAUGUUGCUGCGGUGCGAGGAUGAGCUCAUGAUCUAUCAGGCGUACCGCUUCCCGCGCGGCAACCUGAAGCUGCGCUUCUCGCGCGUGGCGGCGGCCUUCCCGUUCGGCUACCGCGCCGCCGCCGCCGUGCCGCACGACUCCUACGAGGCCGCGCUGCUGCGCGACAACGUGCGCCAGCUGCGCUACUUCGGCAACGUGGGCGGCUACAACGGCGUGUUCGUGUGCGGGCCCACGCCGUACUUCGUGCUGCUGAGCGCGCGCGGCGAGCUGCGCCUGCACCCGCUGGCGCGCGACCAGGCGCCCGUGGCGUCCUUCGCGUCCUUCAACAACACCAACUGCCCGCAGGGCUUCCUCUUCUUCAACGCCAAGUCCGAGCUGCGCAUCUGCGCGCUGGCCACGCACCUGUCGUACGACGCGCCGUGGCCCGUGCGCAAGGUGCCCAUCCGCAUGAGCCCGCACUUCGUCACCUACCACAUGGAGUCCAAGACCUACUGCCUGGUCGCCUCCGCCGCGCACCACACCACCACCUACUACAAGUUCAACGGCGAGGACAAGGAGAAGUCCACGGAGAACAAGGGCGACAGGUUCCCGUACCCCAUGACGGAGCGCUUCUCGGUGCUGCUGUUCUCGCCCGUGUCGUGGGAAAUCAUCCCCAACACCCGCAUCGAGCUGGACGAGUGGGAGCACGUCACGUGCCUGCAGAACGUCGCGCUCUCCUACGAGGGGACCAGAUCAGGUCUGAGAGGAUACAUCGCGAUAGGCACAAAUUACAAUUACAGUGAAGAUAUUACGUCUAGAGGAAGAAUAAUAAUCUACGACAUUAUCGAUGUCGUCCCUGAGCCAGGGCAACCUCUGACGAAAAACCGCUUCAAGGAGCUCUACGCCAAGGAGCAGAAGGGUCCCGUGACUGCGCUAACACAAGUGCUGGGAUAUCUCAUUUCUGCUGUUGGACAGAAGAUCUAUAUCUGGCAGCUGAAGGACAACGACCUGGUGGGCGUGGCCUUCAUCGACACGCAGAUCUACGUGCACCGCAUGCUGGCCGUGAAGAACCUGGUGCUGGUGGCCGAUGUGUACAAGUCCAUUUCGCUGCUGCGCUACCAGGCUCAGCACCGCACGCUGUCGCUGGUCUCCAGGGACCUGCGCACCGCACAGAUCUACACCAUGGAGUUCAUGGUGGACAACUCCACGCUGGGCUUCCUCGUCAGCGAAUCGGAUGGCAACUUCGCUCUCUUCAUGUAUCAACCGCAGGCCAGGGAGAGCUACGGAGGUCAACGUUUGAUCCGCAAGUGCGACUACCACCUGGGCCAGCAGGUGCACGCCAUGUUCCGCAUCAACGCCCGGCGCGUGCCCAACACCAACCACAGGCGUCACGUCACCAUGUUCACGACUUUGGACGGCGGCGUGGGCUACGUAUUGCCGGUGUCAGAGAAGAUGUACCGGCGUUUGCUGAUGUUGCAGAACGUCAUGAACAACUACUGUUGCCACGUCGCGGGGCUGAACCCCAGGGCGCACAGGACGUACAAGAGCGGGCGGCGCCUGGCGGGGCUGGGCCCGGCGCGCGGCGUGCUGGACGGGGACCUGGUGGCGCUCUUCACCAGUAUGCCCGGCGGCGAGAAGCAGGACAUCGCAAAGAAAAUCGGUACCAAGGUGGAAGAGAUAAUGGCAGAUCUCUACGAAAUCGACAGACUGACUGCUCAUUUCUAGAUUUAACUCUUUUAGUAAUAGGCUCUAAGGCAAGUCUGUACAUAUUAAGAAUAAACGAGAAUUACUUU